CUCUGGUAAUGGUCCUGUGAUUUAGUUCCCUUUGCUCAUCCGAAGGCGUUAUUCAGAAAGCCCCGUGUGUGAGUUAUUCUUGGUCCAGCGAAACUGCACUCGUGGGGGGCUAAGCGGUUCGCUGGUUGCAGAUGCGCUCGCGUAUUGUGAGGUGGGGUGCCGAGUGAUGGAAGUGGUAAUUAGCGUUGACUAAUUGGAGUGAUUCAUUAAAACAAUAUUUUCGGUGCUGAGUGGAAGACGAGACAAGUGUAUUUGUCACACCAUCGUCGUUUUAUUGCUGUUGUCCGUUGAUUGGUUGUAAAAGAAGAAAAGGGUAUUGAGAUAGGAAGGAUUCCAUUGAUGGAAAGAAGUUUUCUGGAGGCCGGUUGCGAGUUGGAGUAUGAGAGCUUAGAGUGUGGCGAGAAGUUCUGUAAACGACUUGGGUUCUUUUGAAAGGUUCUUGUUUAGGCCCAUCUCCGCAAACAGAUCAUAAGAAGCAAAAGUUACGCUAUAAAUCAUUGCCGGAAGGACAGGAGCCGAUCUGGAAUACUGGUACUUUGAGAAACGAUAAUAAAACGAACACUGGAAUUGUGCUUCUUGAGGAGAAUCAAUCGAAAUGAUGAAAGUCAUCGUUAAUUUAAUCUGUCAAAGGAAGAAAAUCUGUGGAAAGCAAUAAAGAAAAAAGUAAUCACAGAGCAGUUAUUGCUGUUCAAUUCACUUAAAGUUCAAGCUUCUUGUGUCAUGUGAUAUACUUGGUGAUGUGCAAAGUGUUUUGUUAGGAAGAAUCCGCGGGGGAAUUGGAAAAUUUAGCUUGAAACGAAGUUAGGAAAAAACAUUUAAACUUGUGAACGGCUCAAGAAAGUAGGAAAACCCUACAGAAAAACUACAACAAGUGCACACGAAAGGAUAAAGCCCACCGAAAAAACGAAGGAUUAAGCUUAAAUUGAGCCUCCGCAUUGAAAGAUAAACUCAUUAUCGUCGGCAGCAGCUUGGAAGGAUCGAGGCGAAUCGCAACAGCAACCUCAUUCCCGUACACUUCUACAACGACCCCAUUCGCGUAGUACCCACGCAGAAUGGAACGAUAAUUCAACUGAUUUCAUAACAGAACAUGGAUCCCCGGCACACCUAGGAACUAUGAAGCAUAUAGUGGUUGUGAUGAUUUUCUUAAAUAUUAAUAACGGCAUUUCCUCCCACUCGCAGUCGGUUGACAUCGACGAACCGCACACGUACACACCACCGAAGCACUACUUCCAAACGUCGUCCUUCGACGAGGCGGACCUGGACGGGGAUGAGAUCGGUGUGAAAAACCCCCUGGACCGGGGGCCCUACUUUGACAUCUCUGCGUCCCGGAACGUGACUGCGUUGGUCGGGAACACGGCCUAUCUCAACUGCCGGGUGAGGAAUCUCGGGAAUCGAACGGUUUCGUGGAUACGGCAUCGAGAUCUUCACUUGCUGACGGUAGGCAAAGCCACCUACACCUCCGAUCAGCGGUACCAAAGUGUGCAUAACCCCGCGUUAGACGACUGGUCACUGAAGGUGCUGUAUCCCCAGCCCCGGGAUUCCGGUGUCUACGAAUGCCAGAUAUCCACAACGCCUCCGGUGGGAUACUCCAUGACACUAUCCGUCGUCGAGCCCAUCACAACGAUAGUAGGCGGACCGGAUCUGUACAUCGACACCGGUUCGACGGUGAACCUGACCUGCAUCGUACGACAUCUGCCGGAACCGCCACCGGUCAUCCUGUGGACGCACAAUAGCGAGGAAAUCAACUACGAUUCACCACGUGGCGGCGUCUCCGUGAUAACGGAGAAGGGUGACAUCACGACCUCGUAUCUGCUGAUACAGCGGGCGAAAACCUCUGACUCGGGCAAAUAUACGUGCUCGCCGUCGACGGCCAAUCCGAUCACGGUGAACGUGCACGUGCUCAACGGCGAACAUCCGGCAGCGAUCCAAAAAGGCCAGUCGCUGCAGAGCAAUCGGCUCCUAUCGGGAUGCUGUUGCCUGGUGCUCCUGCUGAUGUCCGUGACGCUGACCGGCCAACAACGGUGGCCGGCUGUCAGAUAAAACUGGCCAUAAAUCAGCGCACCCGGCCGGCUCGGGUUGACUCGGCGACUCGAGCACUACUAGUAGAUGUAUUUAUAGUUGCAACCGGGCUCUGCGGAGGCUCGCACGGGUCUCGGAUAGUGGUGGCCGCUGGCAGUGCUCGGCAGUUGCGUCUGCGUUCCGAAUGACAUCCACGGUGGGGGAAGGCGCAGAUCUGACCGGGCCAGCAGGGGACGGGUUGUACAUAAAGUUCCACCACAACUGACCAACCGCACACUCUUCGUCGACGUCGUCGCAUUCGUCUUCAGGCUGGAAACCGGUGAGGAAUGGUGCAGUAGAAUAAAAAAUAGGAUAGUAAAAGAAUGGAACGGCCAGCGUAGGAAAUAAUUCGGCACAGUGAACAUCGCUCGCAUCACUGAAGUUUUGCUGGAUGGGAUUCUUUCCGGUGGCUGGUUUUGAUGAGUUUAUGGUGUUAUUUUCCGUUUCGAAAGCCAAAGUCCUUGAAAAAUGAAGUGCUGUUAGGAAUAAUUGGCGGUAAUUUGGUGGACUAGCAGAACCAGUAAAAUCCGUUUGAUUGAAGGAGAUUAAUUCGAAACAAUUAUGUUGUACAAAUUUGUGUCAGUAUAAAGCGCAGAGAAGCGUUUCAAAUAUUCAGACCAUGAAAUUGGCAUUCGUAGGUUUGGUUAGGAACAAUUAAUCUAUUUAAAAUAGUGUGCGAUUUCCACCACCAUGCAAUUUCUAUUCCUUUUUGGAACUUUCCUUCAACUGAUAGUGCCAAAAAUACAAACUGUGGUUUUGUU